CAUUAAUUACAAUUGAUGUGGGCGUGGUAACCAAAACUAAAUACUGUUCCACUGAGCUGCAUCAUGAGUACAAGAUCAAGAUAGGAGUCGAUUGAGAGGAUGUCUGGAAAGUGUGGUUGUUUCCAUUCAAACCAUGGCCAUAACAUUCGACUCAAGGAGGGGGGUACAGAGGCACAUCGUGUGGAGAGUUACAACAAGGCGGUAGUGUUCACAGAGCAGCCCAUUCCACACGGGGGAAUGUUUACUAUUAAACUACUCGACAAAGGAGGGGGAUGGGCAGGUUCUAUUAGGUUUGGCUUCACCUUACUCAGUCCUGACAAUAAUAUACCAGUUCCCUCGGGAGCUUUAGACUUAUACAGAAGCAGUGAUUAUUGGAUACUAUCAGCCAGCACUGUUCAUCAUAAUGGCCAAGAAAACAAAGUGGACUUUAAUUUGGAGAGCUUAAGAGUCGGUCAAACUGUCAGCUGUUCUGUCAACAAGGAAGGAGAACUGAGAUACUAUAUAGAUGGCCAGGAUCAAGGGCUGGGCUGGUCAGGAGUGCCUACAGAUAAACCUUUGUGGGGGUUUGCAGAUAUUUAUGGCCUUGCUAGGAAAAUCAAAUCAGAAUUUUUAUGUGAUGAAGUAAUGAGUUGUAGUGAAGACUCGGAUGCCGAAGUCACUGGAUAGCUAACAAGUCAAUGUGAUUGUGAUAGUUUAUAGGGUCAUUUUUCAUUUGUGUAUACAACCAUCCUGUGCUGGCUCAGUUCUGCACUUCUUUUACUAUUGUCUAGUUUUUAUUGUGUUCUUGUGUAUUUGUCUUUCCGUGUGGUUCUAAAUUGUCAAUAAAUAAAAAAUGGA